AUGGAUGGAUUACAGGACGACACAACACUCCCCCCGGUAUCCAGCCCGGUUGACGAAGAACCCAGCUUCAUUUCCGAAGAGGAAGAACAGGAAACGAGAGAAGAUGCCAUGCUGGAAAGAAUUCGACGCCCGUACGUCGAAUACAAGAAAGCCCAUCCUCAGGGCAAUCUGUGCGAACGUUGCGCUGGCAUAGAUUGGUCGCUUCUUUCAGACGAGACUCACAAACAAGCCCAGAUCAAGCUCAUGGGUCGCAUCUACGCCGAGUCAGAGCUGGUCAUUAUUGCUGCAGCGGGCAGUACGUCCCAUUACGGACUACCGGGUGUUUCUUCGAGACCCCGUGAAGCACAAAGAAUAAUCGAACUAGACACAGGCGUACACUUGAUCGAGAUGUUUGAAGUAGAUUGGAAAUUGAACGACACAGUGUGGGGUGAGAGAGGCUGGACCCACCAGGAGGGCUAUCUGGCAACACGUAGACUCGUCUUCACCGACAGCGAAGUCUUAUACUCAUGUGACCGUGGAACAUGGCAAGAGUCUGUACAGCGACCUGGAAUCGACGACCACAGCUUUUACAUGAAAAACGAUUAUCCAGGUUUUCCGCUAGAUAGUAGAGAAGAAUCUCGUAUCGCCCACGUGUUGAACAACUACUCAAAGAGAAAGUUGUCCUUCGAGGGCGACAUCCUCAACGCUUGUACCGGAACUUUAGAAAAGCUUGUCGACCUUCACUUUUGGGGUAUAGUUGCUAGGGUCUCGGCUUCUACCCCCAAUACCCAGCUCUCCUUAGAGUGGCGCAGCUGGCCUUAUCCUGGCCGAAAAAGAACAAAUUUUUUGAGUUGGUCGUGGGUAGCAACAACUGGUCACAAAUUGAUAGAGGUCAAUACUCACAGGAAUGACCGAAGCUUCGUCGCCGAGGUCCUCACAACGGAUGGACGUUGGUUGACUUCAGACAACCAGAUGGAGAGUCGAUACGACCCUUUGCCCGAGGGCUCCGGUCCUACUCUGCGACUUACAGGAUCGUUCUACACGGCCUCUUUGAUGUCCGGCGAACUCCAGAAGCGUGGAGAGAAAUCAGAGGACAGGUCUUCAAUCGUUUUUCAGCACACUGGUGUUAUUGGAGAUGAAACUGAAGUAGUUUUCGAAGUGUGGCUCGACACUGAACUCACAGAUGCUGUCUCGCCAGAUCCUGUCAAAGCAGUACCUCUCAAUGGUCGAUAUGAAGUGGGCGGACAUUGGGAAGUCGGUUGGUGUCCUGCUUUUAUGGUCCUCCAGGCUGUCGGAGACCAUUACAGGAGGAUUGGCGCUACAGACAGAGAUUGUUUGAUCCGAUCAAAGAAGACUGGGCUCACGAGGGAAAUGGGGCGGGAUGAUGUAAUACCACGCCCAGGUGAUGAAGAAACCAUUUACAUUGAGUGA